GCCUUGCUAGUAUCGGGCUCCAGGGUUCUCGUUGAGGCCCUGCUCGUUCGUCGUCGAUCGAAAGAACGAAAGAAGCCGGAGCGUGCGGCGGGGCGUUGUUUAACUGGUUGAUGUUGUGCUUAGUAGUGGCGCCGCACCCGGUCCCUUGCAUCUUAAAAUCUAUUCAGUUUACGAAUCGUUACCGUAGUGGAUACGCUUACUUCGGAACGCGAAAUCAUGAAUAAAUCGACAUCUGUUAUAGAAUUACAUGGAUUUUAGCGCUUUGUAUACAUUUUUGGCAGCAUUCACGUAUUAUUGGUGUCUUUAAUAAAGAUACCGGUGUACACAGUGGUUUUUGCUAGUCUCUUGUGAAAUAAUGCCUGGAAUUUGUAGUGUUGUGUUUUGUGUGUGACUCGUUAAAAGUGCCGUUUAUCUGGAUUACAUGUUCUUUGGAUAAAAAUACGAACAACAUCCGUCAGUCAUGUUCAACUUCAUGAAAAAAACUGGGCUGGCUGGCGGCGACGCUGGCGGCUGCGAGGAGAGAGAUGGCGAUAAGGAGCGUAGAAAGAAAGAAAAGAAGGAGAGAAAAGAGAGGGAGAAACGGGAAAGGAUCGCUGCGGGCCUUGAAGAGCCGCUGAGGCUAGAGGAGGUGCGACGAUCGCUGAAAUUGCGGGGAAGACGCAAAGAAAAGGAGAAACUCCCCUCUGGCAUCACGGCCGAUUAUACCGCCUCCUUGUUCGCCCAUUUGGAACAAGACUCCAAUUACUCUAACUAUCCGUUGAUUCCUACCUCGGGCUCAAAUUCUAAUCUUAGCGAUGAAAAUAACCACCUGUCGCCAGUUUAUCCCGCUACACAUAACUGGUCCAAAAAAGACCCGGUGCUUCAGUCAGAUAGUUCAGAAACUUCUUUAAAUUCACUGAAUAACCCUAACAAUACGAAUACGAGCCCCAGACAACCGCCAAAUCUACCUCCGAUACCGCCGCGACCACCGAAACGAGGUAUACUCAAAGGACCUCGUUUAAGCAAUACUAGUUCUAAUUCCCAGGAGAGCAAUAUCCAAAGUAAUGAUACAGUUGAUUAUAUAAAUGGCCAAGAUCCAAAUCUGCUUGCUAGGAAUACCCAGCAAAAUGAAUUGAUUUCUUAUGGCAUCCCACCGUCGAAAAGUACCUCAUCCAGUGAUGAUAUGCAGCAAUUGCAGAAUUUCACCAAAAAGGUUAUUCACAGUCCCGUUGAAAAUCAGUUUAAGACCAAUAAUUACAAAGCAUCUAGUAAUCCCUCAAUUGUGACUCAAGAUGUAGACGAGAUGCCUAAAACAAAUGGAAACAGUUACCUCGGAGUCACCUCCACUUCGCCUAGUGCGGACUCAUUAACUGAUACGACUACGAAUUCUUCAUUUGCCACACCACCUUUCUCUACCUCACCCGUUGGGGAAUCUCAGGGCUUCCACAGAUGGUCCAGAACUAGCAAUUUCGAAGAUAUUCAUUUACCUCUACCACCAUUACCUCCUCUGCAACUGCCUAAACCUAGGUUGCUGACAAUACAACGACAAAAAGCUCCACGCAAUGACUUUGGGUUCAGUCUGCGGAGAGCAAUGGUCCAGGAAAGAAUUUUCAUUGGCGAUAUUAAACAAAUGAAUGGUCAUGAAGAGAACGGCCUAACAAACGGUGAAAAUAAAUGUAAUGGUAAUGUUGCUAAUGGCUUAACUAGUAAAUUGACAUAUAAAGCUGUGAUAUUGGCAGAACCUGGUUCUUAUCCUGGAGCAAGUGAGACUGGUUUAUUACCUGGAGAUAAGCUUUUGGAAGUCAAUGGAGUCAAUGUUGAAGGAAAAAGCAGGGAGGAGGUCAUCGACCUGAUCAAGAGCAGUCAUGAUUCAGUUACCAUCAAGGUCCAACCAAUUGCGGAGCUGUGCGAGCUAUCCCGUCGUCAGGCGGUAGAUGGAGGCACAAACGUGGACCUAUCUGACAGCAAUGUUAGAGGAGGCACCCUCAGCCGGUCGGGAAGCCGGAGGUUCACAUCCACUCAGGCGAAAUCAGAAGAACAAUUGGCAUGCGAGAAGGAAUGGCUUCAAACUGGUCAGAUGUGGCUCGCUCACCGAGGCGGGUUCACAGCCGUUAUCAGGGAGGGGGACGCGGACGCUGGCCGGGCGAAGGUCAGGGUGGUACAGACUGGAGAGAUACUCACCGUCGAUGAAGACGAUCUCGAAAAGGCCAACCCACCACAACUGGAGCGAUGCGAAGACAUAGCUUCAUUACGUUGUCUGAACGAGUGCGGCGCGCUCCACGUGCUGCGAUCUCGGUACGCGGCCGGCCUACCGCAUGCCCGCGCUGGCCAUGCUCUCCUUGUCCUCGGACCGCCGAAGAAGACGGCUCCUAUUUAUACUGAGAAAGUGGCCGCCAUGUUUAGAGGCUGCCGUGCAGACGACAUGCCGCCCCACGUGUUCGCGGCUGCGCAGUCCGCGCACCGCUGUAUGCUUGCUUCCAGACGUGACAGGGCCAUUGUAUUCCUUGGAAGGUCCGGCUCAGGCAAGACCUCGGCAAUGCGUCACUGCGUGUGGUACUUGGCCAGCGCGUAUCCAGCGCAGGGCUCCAAACUAACGCCCGAGAGAUUCGACGCCGCUUUUGAUGUGCUACAUGCUUUUGGAUCUUGUCGCACAAGUUCAAACCCGCACGCGUCCCGCUUUGUGUCACUGACGUCACUGGAUUUCGACGGCGGUGGCGCCCUCGUGUCGGCGUCCGUGCAAACUCUCUUACCUGAUCUAAGACCUGGGCAGACGCAACUCAAAGCUUUGCAUAUAAUAUUCCACGGCUGCGAUGGCCGCCUCCGACGAGAAUUGCUCUUCGAUCAAGCCCCAGUGAACGCGCCGAACCCAUUCAUCGGCGGCAGCGAGAAAGCCGACGCGCCUACAGAAUUCUCAGCGCUGAAGGAAGCGCUGCAGCAACUUGGCGUUACUGAACAAGAACAAAUGGCGAUCUGGAAGAUCGUCGCCGCUGUAUGCCACUUAGGAUGGGCUGGUGCGGUUAAAGCAAACACAGGCUCCGGAUUGAAGUACCAAUUCGCCAGCACUGGGUGUGGUCAGCGAGCCGCUCGCCUGCUCUCCGUCGGCGCUGAGGAGUUAGCGCGCGCCAUUUUCGCUGGAGCGGUGCCGAGUUCUCCUCAAACUAACUCCACUCUCAGAACGCCAUCGCCGUCAAACGAGCGAGAAUUGUCAGGCACAGAAGCCCUUGAUGCGUUUGUCACCGGACUAUAUAAUGAAGCAUUCAAUAUGAUUGCAGCACUAGUUAACAGGAGUCUCACCACCUCAUGCCGGACCUCCUCGUCCCUUUUAGUCCUGGAUUCUCCUGGUGCUGACAAUCCUAUGUGUGCCGGUCAGCAGAGUGGUGCGCCUCUGUCCAAACUACUCUCCAACUACCUGCAAGAACGCCUGCAAGCCGUCUUCCACGAAGCAAUGUUGGUUGCACCACGAGAACGAUACGCACAGGAGGGUAUCACCCUCGACGAUGGCGCUGAGGAAGAUUGGUUAUCGGAGACCGUGAACCCAGGUCCUAUGGUGGAACUCCUGGACAAAUCUCCGCAGAACACCAUCGUGCGUAGCUCGCAGGCCGAUUUGAGGGAUUGCGAUCGCCGCGGACUUUUAUGGUUACUCGACGAGGAAUCAAUGUAUCCAGGUUCGUCUGAUGACACGUUCCUGGAGCGUGUGAUGACCCACUACGGGCCGCCCAACCAGACGCAGUAUCUGAUCAAGAAGGCUCCACACGCGAGGCAGUUCAUGUUGCAACACUUGCAGGGUACAAAUCCAGUGUUAUAUGAUGUCACGGGUUGGGUGAAGGCGAGUAGAGAAAGUCCUGUUACAAAGAAAGCUCUUACACUUUUGCAAGAAAGUCAAAACGAGGAGCUGGCGCGGCUGGCGGCGGGGGCGCGCGGCGGCGGCGCGUGGGCGGGCGCGGGCGACGCGGGCACGCUGCGCCGCGCCUCCUCCGUCCGGCGGACCCUCACCUCAGGAACGGCUGGCAUGAAGCGUCGUUCAACUGCCUUACAAGCGAAAUUCGUGGCCGAUGGUGUAGUGGACACAUUGCGCAGAUGUGGUUCUGGUGGUGUGCACUUCGUGUGCUGCCUUCUCAGCAACCAGCCCGGAGAGACCGGUGACGAUGUCAACGUGCCAUUGCUAAGAUCACAGUUCCGUGGAUUCCAGCUUCUUGAAGCCGCCAGAUUGUACAAGCAAGGCUUCCCGGAACACAUGCCGCUGUCGGAGUUUGCCAGAAGGUACCGUCUUCUGGCGACGUCAGAAAGCGAGAGUACCGACAACAGCCAACAGCUUUCGGACCGACAGCUCGUGGACGAUAUGCUGCUGGCCCUGGACCUGGACGUCACCAGCUACCGGCUUGGACUUACUCAGAUUAUGUUCCGCGGCGGCGUCGUGGGCGGGCUCGAUGCACGUCGCGACGCCGCGCUCGCUCGCGUGCUUGUUCGCCUGCAAGCGCGCGCGCGCGGCCUGCUCGCUCGCCGCCGAGCGCAGCGGCUACGGACUCAGCACACGGCCGCUAGAUGCGUGCAAAGAAACGUGCGGGCAUUCCUGGCGGUUCGCGAUUGGCCCUGGUGGCGCCUGCUCGUCAGAGUCACACCGUUGCUCGCCGUGCAUCGGACCGAGCAUCGGCUCAAGCAAGCACAGGAGGAGCUGGAAACCCUACGGUCUAAGCUGGAGAAGGUGGAGGGGGAACGCACGCAUUACAAGAACGAGACGGAGAAACUUGAAACUAAAUUGUCGGAGGUCGGCGGUGAGUUGGCAGAGGAGCGGGCCGCUGCCGGACUUGCAACUGAGAGGGCGGACGCUGAAGCCGCCGAGAGAUUGCGAGUAGAGAGAGACAACAGGGAACUGCUGGCGAAUAACCAGCGCUUGCAGCAGGCCUCGGAGCGAUUAGAGUUGGAGCUUUUACAUUGGCGGUCGGCCGAGAGCGGCGGCGCUGAAGUCUCAGACUCGGAGGGCUCGGAAGCUGAUGCGAGCGGCAAUGCUGAUAAGUACAAACGAAGAUACGAGUGCGCCCACCGAGAGCUUCAACUGCUUCGCGCUCAGCUCCGCAGACAGCACGAAGACGACCUCGAACAGCUGGUCACUGUCAAGAAGCAGCUCGAAAAGAAGGUACAAGACGCGUAUGAGGAGGUUGAGGAGCAGCGCGCAGUGGCCGCGCAAUGGAAACGCAAGCUGCAGAAGUUGACAAACGACAUGGCCGACCUCAGGUCGCUUCUAGACGAACAGACGUGCCGAAACAACUUGCUAGAGAAGCGCCAACGCAAGUUCGACGCCGAGCUUCACGCCGCCCAAGAGGAACUGAAACGUGAGCGCGCGGCCAAAGAGAGACUCUCAAGGGAACGUGAUCAGGCGCACGCCGACAAAUACGCGCUUGAACAGAGCCUAUCUGAAGCUCGCCUAGAACUCGAGCUGAAGGAAGAGAGGUUAUCAGCCGCGUCCCGCGAGUUAGAAGAGCGCGGCGGUGGUGGGGAUGAAGUGGCUGCUCUGAGGAGGACCAGAACGGAUCUCGAGAGACGAGUACGGGAUCAAGAAGAGGAAUUGGAUGAUCUCGCCGGGCAAAUACAGUUAUUGGAGAGCGCCAAGCUUCGCCUGGAGAUGCUGCUGGAACAGCAACGUAAAGAGGCGCGGCUCGAGGCGGCCGCCAGAGACGACGAGAUGGAGGAAACACGGGCCAACGCCUCGAAGAAACUGAAGAUGCUAGAAAGCCAACUAGAGAACGAACAUGCCGAACGCAGCUUGCUGUUGCGCGAGCGCCACGAACUCGAGCGACGCCUGGCGUCUUUGGAGGAAACCGCGAGGGCUGAGACACACGAACAAACACAACUCGUACACAGGCUUAAGAGAGACCUAAAGCGAUACCGCGCCCUACUACGCGACGCUCAAACGAUGCUCGAGCAGAAAGAGAAAGAAGGCGGUGGCAAAGCUCAAAUCAGACAAUUGAAGAACCAGGUCGAAGAUCUAGAGCUGGCAGUGCGCGCAGCAACCAAAGCGAAGCAGACCGCCGAAGCAGAAGCGGCGGAGUUGAACGCGGCGCUGGAAGAAGCCACUCGGGCGAGGAACGACGCGGCCGAGCGGGCGGCGGCGGCCGGCCGGGACGCGGCGGCGGCGCGCGCGCAGCUCGACGAUGCGGAGGAGGAGGCGGCGGAGUUACUAAAGAAAUACCGAGCGAGCACCAGCGCUCUGUGCGCCGCUCAGGCCGAAGCGCGGGAAGCCAGCGCCCGAGCCGACGCGGCCGCCGACGAGGCCCGCAGCGCCCGUGACAAGCUGGCCGAGCUGGCGGCGCGGCUGGCCAGCGCCGAGGCCGGCCACAGCCAGGGGCAGCACGAGGCGGAGCGAAGGCUCGAGCUGAGGAACAAGGAGCUGGAAUCCAGCCUGGAGCUGGAGGCGACGGCGCGCGGGCGCGUGGAGACGCAGCUGGCGCGGCUGCGGGAGGCGCACGAGCUGCUGGCGGCCGAGCUGGCGGCGGCGCGCGCGCGCGACCUGCACUCCGCCGACGAGCUGCGCAAGCUCAACAGGCAACUGCGAGAAAUGAAAGAAGAGAAUGCCAACCUGAACGCGAAAUUGAGCGAAGCGUGCCGCGCGAAGUCCGCAGCAGAAGCGGCGGCCGCGUCCGCCGCAGCAGAAGCGUCCGCCGCUAGGGACGAAGCGCGGCUCGCUGCUAGGCGGGCGACGGCGUUGCAGGAAGCCAUUGCCGGAGAUCUGUCUAGUCCUGGCGACUCUAGGGAUACCGACAGUGAUAACGACAGCUACAGUUCGGACGAGUCUAUAGGCACGUUCCUGGCGAACCACAAGCUGAGCCCUUCAGUACCUUCGCGAAACAGCAUACAACUCGACUCACAGAAAUCUCACACGCCAGAAGGCCGCCAAUCGCGUUCAAGCAACGGGUCUGCGAAGCAGAUGAGCCCCACCAAGGAAUCGUUCGCAUAACAGCCGGCCGCCGCGGGGCUCCUAACCAGUGCCCUGCCAGUCAUCUGCGCCGUGUUCUGCUCCCGGCAGCGACACGACUCCGCCCACGUCGUCGUCGAAUAAAAAAUUUAAAUGUCAAUGUGACAGUGGCGCGACGAUUGUGAAGUUCGAACUUUAGUGAUGUGAAAUGUUCGAUUUUGAUAGCAAACGAUAAUUUUACUGUUUUUUACUGUUUGACAGAUUAUAAUAACGACUUUUACGCCUACAUAGAACCAUAGAAGUUAAUAUAAUAUCAAGACUUACCACAAGCUUUAGAAAUGCACGUAUAUUGACAAUGGCUCCUAAAAUAAACUGCUCAAAUAUAUACAAUAUUAAAUAGAUUCGAAUUUUUAAAAUAUUUGAUACGGCUUUUACAAUUUGCAUCAUACCUAAGAGUUUAUAAACAUUUUUUUCUUUUUCAAAGAUGGCGCUAGUGUCAUAUCUAGUAUUCGAAUAUCCGAUUAAGUCGGGAGGGGUUUUAAGAAUGCAUUCCAAAAAACUCUGGGCAACCUUCAAAAAUGUUUUUGGCCAUCACGUGUGCAACGCGCUGUCUUCAGUCGUAAUGCUGGAGCGCAAGAUAUUUGGACAUAAUCACUAGCACCAUUUAUUAUAGGCAUUGACUUUAAUUUAUUUAGCGUAGGAAUCGUAUAGGAGAAUCGUCAUUGAGUUAGAUAUUUGUUGUACUGCGUACAGCGAGCCAGUCAGUAUUGAGAUGGCCGAGGCGAUGUAACUUACAAAAUAAUAUUAGGUUCUUUGUUAUUUAGUUAGCUAACGUUUGUAAAUAACUAGAUGGCAUAUACAUUUUAUUAUUUAAUUUGUAAUAUUUGUGUGAUCAGACUGUUAUUCUAUGAUUUAUUUGUUACAAGUGAGUUGUUGCUUUAUAGACAUUCAAUACAUAUCUGUUAGGAAAAUAUUUUUUUAUCAAUGAAUUAUCUUUAGACUGGUUUGAUUAAUGUAAUUUAACUUUUGGAUAAUUAGUGAAACUUAUAAUCUUCUCAAAAUGUAUUCCUCGUAACUAUAACUCCAUUAUCUUUAAAUCGUCAUUCAAUUUAUAUCUACAUAUUUAGGUGUCUGUAACCACGAGUAUAAAAUUUACUAUUGUAUGUGUAUAAUGUGAUGAAAUGUUACUGCAUUCAAUAUUGGUUGUAAAAUGAAAUUAUUUAAUAAAGUAA